AUGACUGAACGCCCAGCGGGACCGGGCAGGAACCCAACGGCACCUCCUGUCCUGGCAAAUGGCCACUUUGCUACGAUCGGCGAUACUGCAGAGGCCGCCGCCGCUUACGAGCAUGGUGUGCAGGUCAUCGAUGGAGACAAGGAGUUCAACCCAAACCUAGCCAAGUAUCUCUCGCUCGAAGAUGUCACCCAGGCCGGGUUCAACUACCACCUUAUCUCCGUGUUUGGAUCGCAAUCCACCGGCAAGUCCACAUUGCUCAACCACCUCUUCGGAACUCAAUUCUCUGUGAUGUCGGAGUUGGAGCGCAGACAAACUACAAAGGGAAUUUGGUUGUCAAAGAACAAGAAGCAGGGGGCGGCCGCAGCCGCAGAUGGCUCGCGCAUGGCGGAUAACAUCUUGGUAAUGGAUGUUGAGGGAACAGACGGUCGCGAGCGUGGUGAGGAUCAGGAUUUCGAGCGCAAGAGUGCUCUCUUUGCACUUGCGACUAGUGAGGUCCUGAUUGUCAACAUCUGGGAACACCAGGUGGGGCUGUACCAGGGCGCCAAUAUGGGUCUCUUGAAGACCGUUUUUGAAGUGAAUUUACAGCUCUUCCUCAAAGACAAGAAUACCACCCACCGAUCCCUCCUAUUCUUUGUUAUCCGUGACUUCAUCGGCACCACCCCACUCAAGAACCUCCAGAAGACAUUAUUGGAAGAUUUGUCUCGCCUGUGGGAUACGAUAUCGAAACCUGCUGGCUUGGAAAAGUCAACAAUUCACGACUACUUCGAUUUCCAAUUCUACGGCCUGCCGCACAAAGGUUACCAACCUGAUCAAUUCGUCACAGAAAGCCAGAAGCUUGGAUUACGGUUCCGUGAGGGUCAUCGAGACCCGAGGAGAGAUGCGCUCAAAGGCGAAUUCUCUGAAGGAGGAGUCUUCUUGCCAGAGUAUCACCGACGUAUCCCGGCCGAUGGAUUUUCGCACUAUGCUGAGGGUAUUUGGGAUCAAAUUGUCAACAAUAAGGACUUGGAUCUGCCAACGCAACAAGAACUACUCGCUCAGUUCCGUUGCGAUGAGAUCUUGCGUGAAGUGAUGACUGGAUUUGAUGAGGCUAUUACUGCAUUUGAGGAUAAACAGGCCGAGGCUGUUCGUGCAGGUGCUCCUGAGGUACUCGGUGGGCUGGGUGCGAUCAUGAAGACAGCACGCUCAAAGACCCUCAAGGGCUUUGAAGUUGAAGCUAGUCGAUACCACAAGGGUGUUUACCAGCGUAAGAAGGCCGAGCUGGAGGGCAAGGUUGAUACUCGCCUAAAGGCCCUGUUCCAUGGACAACUCUCAGCUGCCCAUAAGUCUGGUAUUCGCUAUUUCAGCGACGCUGUCACCGAUGCUGUCAAGUCUGGUCAAAAGAAGGGCGGAAAUUACGACUUUGCCGAGAUUGUACACCAUGAAACCAAGACUUCUCUAGAGAAGUAUGAGGAAGUUGCCCGCUCCACCCUUGUGGAAGGCACGCCAUGGAGUAAUUAUAAGCAGGAGCUGAAGCUUUAUGAGAAGGAAUUGUCCGAAGUCAGUACUCGUUUGCGUCAGGACGAGAUGCGACGCCUGGCCAGCCGUGUCGAGCGUUGGGUUCAAUCUCGUCUGGGUGAAUCCGUCGGGUUGGAAUUCAACAGCCUUGGCUCUGGCCGUGCCGGUGGUGGUGCUCCAGAAGACGGAGAAAAGCCUACCGAGAAAGUGUUUUGGGAUAGAGUGUGGAAUGUGUUUGUUGAGACUGUCCUCGACGCAGAGCGGAGAUUUACCGACCGCGCGAGCAGCUUUGAUGCUAGCCUGGAGGAGGUUGAUGUGGGACUAUGGCGCCUACGUCGCAAGUCUUGGGGCGUGCUACGUGCUAAGAUUGAUGAGGAGAUGACUGAGGGUAACUUACUGUUGAAGUUGCGUGAGAACUUUGAGGACAAGUUCCGAUACGAUGAGGAGGGUGUCCCACGAAUCUGGCGCCCAACCGAUGACAUUGAGGGCAUCUACACUCGUGCUCGCGAGUCUACUUUGACGCUAAUUCCUCUGCUUUCCCGCUUCCGUCUUGCUGAGACCUCUGCUCUCCCUCCCCUUGACCGGUGGGUUGGUCACACUCCUAGCUCAGCGACCUCUACAGAUGAAGAGGAUCUGCCGCCCAUUGGAGGAAUUGAUGAGGACGAAGGCAAGAGCCUGGAGGAAGAGAUGACCAUUCUUGGUGAAUCCAAACGCCAGGAACUCACUGUGCGGUUCAAGAAGGCUGCUGAUGGCGUCUACGUUGAGGCCAAGCGCAGCGCCAUUGGUGGCAUGACUCAAGUGCCCCUUUACUUCUAUGGCUUGCUGCUUGCUUUGGGCUGGAACGAGAUCUGGGCUGUUCUCCGAAACCCCGCCUACUUCUUCCUGCUGUUUGUUUGCGCUGUAGGCGCCUACGUGACCUACCAGCUCAACCUAUGGGGACCUAUGCUCAAGAUGACCGAGGCCGCAUCUCAACAGGCUCUUGAGGAAGGUAAACGCCGUCUGCGCGAGUUCCUUGAGUCCUCCGACACUGGUCGACAGGCCAUGGCCAUGUCGGCUGAACGAACAGGUGCUUCAAGCCGCGGCGAGGAAUAUGAGAUGUCUGAUAUGCCGAAGCGUGGUACCAAGCCCGACGACGACGUGGAUGACUUGUAA